AAUAGAGUCGGGAGGCAGUGCUACCAGGCAUCAGCCAUUGUGCCACUCUCAUUCCCAUCCAUCCUAUAUUCCAAGUACCUACUUCUUUCGUAACUUUCCUAUACUCUCUUCUCGCCUCAUUAUCGUAUCCGAACAACUCAAGCUACCCUAUUCUACAAUAAUGGAGAUUUCGUCGAAUCCACCUCUUCUAGGCUUACCACCCGAGGUUGUGGAGAGAAUCAUCUCCAGUCUCGAUCUGGCUUCUCUCAAGAAUCUUCGGCUAAGCUGCAAAGACCUCAGCAAUACCUGCAUAGGGCCAUAUUUCAAGAGCUUCUUCAACACCCAGUCAACAGACCUGACGAAGGGGAGCUUAGAUAAGCUCAACGCAAUCGCUUCCCAUACACAGUUGGGCCCAGCGGUAAAACAUGUCAUAGUCCGAGCCAUCAUCUAUGAUCCCUCGGAGCUCGAAUGUCUGUUGGCUACAAAACGAAAACGAAUUACUACAAGGAAUGGCCCUUUCAUGAGCACUACCGAGCCAGCAUGCACCGAAGAGGAGCUCCAGGAAGCGAAGUCCGACCUCGAAUGGCUACGUGCUCGUAUCAAAGAAUCGAGCAACCAACCUGACGACUCAACCACUUCUAUGCUAGAGUCAGCUUUCCGCUCCUUUGCUAAACUAGACUUCAUCGAACUUGACGCUUCCGUCAUCCAGGCACCGGGAAAGUCCGUGAGUACACAGGCUACCAGAGAGUGGUAUGCGAUUUGGGCACGCGCAACCCAGGUCUUUGACAUCACUACGCUGGCGAUUGCCCGGAGCGGGAUCGAAGUCGAAACUCUCACCUUCUAUCGCGAGACCCAUCGCUGCAGCAUUCCCUCUGUCGAGAUCACAGAUCACAUAGCUGCUCUUGAAACUGCCGGGUUUGUAGAAGCUGGAGUCCACGUCAAGAACGUAGCUCUCAGCAUAUCGACACGCGUCGUGUGCAACUUUUCGAAGAUUCUCGAAGCCCGUGAAGGCCUUCAAGGCGUCGAAAAAAUCUAUCAGGACGCCUUUGGCACCUCGAGCGCGGGACUGCUGAAGGCCGAUGACCCGGAGGCUUUGGCACACGACAACUUCCCCGGUGUCGCGCAGCUGCUGCAGUUUAUGCCAAAUCUCGAGGCCAUUGACCUGCACCUCUAUAACACGUUGCAGGGUUCCACAAAGAGCUACGACCGGAUCUUCAACACGGUGGCAAGCGAAGUCCACUUGCCAGCGCUUGAGCAGUGCUUUCUCAGAGGCGUACCCACGACAGCUGAGUCCUUACUCCUCUUUCUAGAGAAACACCCCAAGCUCAACCACUUCGAGCUCAGAGAGGUCCGCCUCACCACAGGCACCUGGGAAGCAAUCUUCUCGCAUUUGUCGGGAAUGCCAGCACUCACAAAGCUUCGUAUGUCGAAUCUCAGGUCUGGGGGAAACGGCAUGCUGUUCAACCUCCAGCCCCCAACCAAGUACGACUACAAAGAAUUCCAGCAGAAACGAUGGUCUUACCCUUGUAUGGACGGAGACAUGGUCCACACGCUGGAGCUUGGUGCCGAAGAAAUCAAGAGAGGUCUCAAGUUUCGCGCAAGGCCUCAAGAGAGGCAGUUAGGAUCCCCGUGGUUCAUGAUGUGGAUGGAGUCUACCAAGGGCUUAUAUGGUCCGCCUUAAAAUGUUCAGGUUCAUCGCUCAAGCCGCAAAGUGACACCUUCGGCGCACUCUUACGAUACGAAUGGUUGGUGGGGAUGCACACGUUGGCUACUUCAAUAUACGCACAAUUUCAAUUUCCACAUGAUACAGUCGUGUCUAGGACCAUUUUGUCUUUCCGAUAUUACGCCAGUCACACUACACACGAGAACUGAAUUUUA